UCCAAAGCUGCUGACUGUCUCUGCCUCUGCAGCGCUCAGAGUUAAUAUGCACGGUGCAGGAUUUCACUUCGCCUGAUGCGUUUGAUUCAGCGCAGUUUUAAAUGACACUGUGACAGCUGAAGGGCUGAAGGAAGAGAAACCUGGAGCUUCCGCCCCAAGACACAACUUCUUUUUGUGGGAAAUUAUGAGAAACGUGGAGCUGUGAUUUUUUUUUUUUAAAUAAUCAUUUGACAGCUGACAAGUCAGGAGGAGAUGGAGAACAAGGCCAUGUAUCUGAGCACAUAUGAGGAGAGAGACAAUGGCUCCAUGUAUGAAGAGGCCUACGAUGGACGCAACUUGUCCAAACUCAACCUGUGCGAUGAAGGUUCUGGAAAGCGUCGCAGGAAGCAGGAUCAGUGCUGCAGUCACCUGAACUCACUCUCAGCUAUCAAGUAUGCUAUUGUUUCCCUCUACAUCCUGGUUCUUCUCACCAUCUUUGGACUCUGCUUGGCGGUCUCUCGUUCCCAGGUUUCUUCACAGCGGCAGGAGGUGCUGAUGGAGAACGUGACCCGGAUGUCAGAGCGCUCUCGGCUGCUCCAGCAGACCCUGGGCGAGGCGUCCACUCAGGCCGACCUGCUGGAGAACAUCUGGAAACUGGAGAACCUCUUCCAGAACCACAGCGACUGGCUGCAGAGGCUGGAGAUCCUCAUCAAGGGCAUGGAGGUGGAGCUGAGGAGCAUCCAGGCUUACUCUCUUCAGUCAGAGGGCUACCUGGUGCAGCUGGACGACAGGUUGUCCUCUCUAAGCAGCUCCACCAACAGAAACCUGACGGGCUUGAGCGCUGAGGUGGCGCGAGCCUCCACCUGGCUCCGCGACCAGGACUUCCUGCUCCGGGAAACCUCAGGAAAGAUGAGCGGGCUGAGAGAGAAACUGGACGAGGUUAACUGGACGGUGGGAGCUGUCAAUCACACCUUCAGCAACGACAUCAGUGUUCACAAUUUGAAGAUACAGGACUUGCAGAUCCAGAUCAGCAACAUAACAGAGGACACCAGCAGUUUAUGGGUGACCCACGUCCACACGGAGGCCCAGCUGAGGAACGAGAUGGAGAUCCUGAACACAAUCACAGAGGACCUCCGUCUGAAGGACUGGGAGCACUCCAUGGCCCUGAAGAACCUCACCAUACUAGAAGGGCCUCCAGGACCAAAGGGAGAGAAGGGUGACACUGGACCACUCGGGCCCCCUGGGGCCCCUGGCUUGACUGGCUUGAGAGGGUUUACAGGAGAAAAAGGCAUCCAGGGCCCUCGUGGUAUAAAAGGGUCAGUUGGGGUCGAAGGUGUUCAGGGACAAAAGGGAGACAUUGGACCUGUCGGGCCUAAAGGUGACAGAGGAGAAAGGGGGUUGAAGGGGGAGAAGGGGGACCGAGGAGACAGAGGAGAGAAAACAGUGGAGGAGACUCUGGUACGGUUGGUGAACGGGUCGGGUCCUCAUGAGGGUCGUGUGGAGGUUUUCCACGAACGUCGCUGGGGGACGGUGUGUGACGACGUCUGGGACAAAAAGGACGGAGACGUGGUGUGUAGGAUGCUGGGAUACAGAGGAGCCACGGAGGUCCAUAAGACCGGACGCUUCGGACAGGGUACUGGUCUGAUCUGGAUGGAUGACGUUGCAUGUGCAGGAACCGAGGACACGAUCCACCAGUGUAACUUUUCCGGCUGGGGCAAAACCAACUGUGGACACGUUGAGGACGCUGGUGUGACCUGCGCCGUCUAAACCUUCGCGAUGAUCAGCGGCUGGAUUUCUGCUCAGACAGCGCCUUAAACUUCAAAGUAGCUACGAGGUGCACAACGUCCUACCAGCUUUUUUAGAACUUCACAACUAAACAUGUGACUGUUUUAGCUACAAGACUGAAUCAUGGGGCUAAAGACUUUAUUGACUACAUAGUAUGAGUUGCUACACAGAGGGAUGAUCGCGUGACGGGACUCUUCAUCAGACUGAAUCACAGAGCUCACCUGUCUUCAAUGGAGGAUCAAAGGUUGGCUUUUAUAGGAGCAGGGUGAAGUUGCCCUCAGAGGCUUGUCUGGGGGUCAGUUUGCUGUUUUGUCCUCCAGUGUGGGGUCAAACCGACCCGACAACUUCAUCAUCCGAGAGCCUUCAUUCAUUUGUCAGCUCUUGUCUCCAAGAUGCUGAGACGCUGAAACGGCACAUAACAAAACUGACAUGACUGCGUCAUUGGUGAACAGAUUUUUCAUUUACAGGCAGCUGCUCUUCUCAGUAUUAUGCAGGAAUGGCUUUUGCUAAGCUUACCACAGUGUUGCCUUUUCAUAUAUCGUAUAGCGUUGCUCAGUAAGCAGCCAUUUGGUCUUUUGCAGCCUUGACAUCUGAGGUAAAACUGGGGCUAAGUUUGAGCCUUUUUUGACUCAAACUGCCGCUCAGCUUUACAGAGAUUUAAACCGAGUUUCAGCUCAUUGUUUAACUGUGCAUCCCACAACAUGUUUUGGUUCACUUUCACUGCUCUCAUUGCCUUGUUUUUCGCUGUUUCCACCGAAAAAGCUCUAAAAACCCACUGUACACCACCUGACCGGCACCAAACAGCAUGCAGACAGAGUUAGAGGCUAGCUGGUGCACACAGAGGAACAUUUAGCAGCUAAAGAACCAGAAAUUCCCCUCAGGAGUUGGUAGAGAUGAAAAACAGAGAUAAAUGAGAAUGAAUGUUGGACUUAGACUCAUCAGGUGGAGAGAAACACGGCUCCAAAUAAACGAUAAUGUUGCUCAGUAACUGCUGGGUGUGUAAAUAAGCAACUGCUUGCCUGCUAACACGUUUUUCAUCUGGGAGAGACUGUGUAUUGAGCCGCUCGCAUGCUUGAGCGUGUGAAUGAUACAAACAAAACAGGGACCCACUCAUAAAAACACGUAACGCACAAGUGGUCAAAAACUCCAGAGGGUACCUUUGAGUGAAGUGGAAGUUUAUUUUCAAGUUACUUUUACUAUUCAGCUUAUCGUUUCAGCCUAAUUUCCAGUGAACAACUUUAUAAGGCAGUAAUACAGUAGAUGUUAGGUCUGUGAAUCUGUUACCACAAAUUUUUAACACAGGUUUAACUUUGACACCUUUGCAUCUUUUAACCUGCACAUCACCAAAUCACUGCUUACUGUGUGCUUUAUAUUUAUAAAAAAUAAUAAUAAAAAUAAAUAGAUAAGCAGCUAACAGAUUUUGGAGAUGGUAAACUAUAGUCGACAUGUGAAGCCAUUAUAAAGACGAGAGAACAGACGAGUAUAAACAGAUGGACGUAUGGACGUCUGCCCUGUACAGUUUAUAACGGUGGGUCUGUUAGUGUUUACUGCCAAAAGUUGGGUUGUUUCAGCAUUAAGCUGACACACACACAUAUACACACACCAGACCAACCAUAACAUACAAGCUUUUUCUUUUCAGUUUUAUGCUUCUCUCAGUGAAGUUUAGUCUUUAUGGCUUCUUUCAAAUCCAAAAAGAGCUGGUCCCUCUCAAGUGUCCUGGCUCACUUCUCUGUCUGAGCUUAGAGAAUACACCAAACCACAGGUUGGAACAAAAUAUAUGUCAGAACCUGUCCUCUUUAAGCAGUCAUGUUUUAUAUUUGAAGAGGGAAAAUACUCUUUAGUGCACCUUAAAAUUUGGCAAAUUCACAAGCCUAAAUUCUUUCCCCCCAGUGGUUGUUGUUGAAUUCCCUUCACUCCUAUGAUCUGUGGCGAAAUCUGACUGUAAACUCUCAUGGAGGAAACAAAUCAAAAAGUGUCUGCUCCUCUAACUCUUUAUGAAAAUGAAUAUGAACAGAUGUUGUCCAUUUGCAAGUUUGUGUCCAAGUGAGAUGAAGGGGGAAAAAAAAAAAAAAAAAGUUUUGGAUGUAAAUUUGACUUUUCAUGGCGCCGCAGCCAGAAAUGACUUUUUUCUACCUCA